ACUGUUUAACAUACACAUCAUCAACUGUUUAAAGGAAAAACUAAUUAUGAAUAAAAUGUCCCCGGAGCAGGAGACCCCGCAAGUGAAGUCUGUUAUACUCUACAGUAUGCAGAGACAGAAGAUAAGACUCUACAUCAGCAGAAUGAUGAAGAGGAAGACGAAGAAGACAUCAGUCGGAGUACCUGGGCAUCUCCUGCUCCGGGUACUGACCUGGACUGACAUAAAGAUGCCGAACCCACAUUCUGUUUUACUGGACGACUCUGAACGAACUGCGAUAUUGAAGAUUGAGGACUUCAAGAAGUUGAGCAAUAAAAUGAGAUCAGCAGAAUUCAUAAUCAAAGGAUUUGAGCCUACAAAAAGUCCUGUUUAUAUAAAAUCAUCUUACAAUCAACUUUUUAAUAAAUAUUUAAACAUACUCAAUAUAGAUUUAGAUAAAUCAGAUCAAUUUGCUUUUUUCAUUUUAAUUAAAAAAGAUGGCUCAGUUGACACAGAUGAUUGUAAACGGAUAUCAAAUAAAAAAAAACCCCAAAAACACAGCGAGGACUGGAUCAUUGACAAACUAAAUCAAAUUCUUAACAGAAAGGAUUGUCCUUAUAAAGAAGUCAUGAUAUUUUCAUAUAACAGCCCAUGCUUAAAAAGGCCUGAAUGUCAGUCUUGCAUGAAUCAAUUAAUCGCUUUAGCAAAACAGCUCUAUGAAAAGCAUGGGAUGAGAAUGAUUAUUGGCUUUUAUAAACCCUAUGGUAUAGAUGGCCCUUAUGUAAAUUAUUUGCCUGAUAAGCCAUUUAAAAAAUGUACUUUUCAUUUUCAAACACCGAGAGGUAAAAAUACAAUAACCCAAGAAAAUACAAUGAAUAGUUCUAACAAAAUAACUGCAGAUAAGAUAAUCAUCGAGAAGGAAUUACUACAACCAGUUUAUGAAAUAAUUAUUCCACAAGUACAAAAUCUGACAUUUCUUUUAAUCAACAAUAAACAUAAGCCAUCUUAUAAUCUUUCAACAUUUAAAUCUCAGUUACAAAAUACAAAAAACAUACAAAAAUUGCAUUCAAUUGUACAAGAAUUAUUUAGAUUCAAAUUAAACUCUGAAAAUACAAUGGAUGGUUUUAAAAAGCAUGGGCGAGAAAAGUUUUGUAAAUGUAUGAAUGAAAUUUCUAAACUUUAUAUUACUGAUCAUGAUGCUAAUUUAUCUGAUCAUUUAAUUACUGAUCAUGAUGCUAAUUUAUCUGAUCAUUUAAUUACUGAUCAUGAUGCUAAUUUAUCUGAUCAUUUAAUUACUGAUCAUGAUGCUAAUUUAUCUGAUCAUUUAAUUACUGAUCAUGAUGCUAAUUUAUCUGAUUUAAUUACUGAUCAUGAUGCUAAUUUAUCUGAUUUAAUUACUGAUCAUGAUGCUAAUUUAUCUGAUCAUUUAAUUACUGAUCAUGAUGCUAAUUUAUCUGAUCAUUUAAUUACUGAUCAUGAUGCUAAUUUAUCUGAUCAUUUAAUUACUGAUCAUGAUGCUAAUUUAUCUGAUUUAAUUACUGAUCAUGAUGCUAAUUUAUCUGAUUUAAUUACUGAUCAUAAUGCAAAUUUAUCUGAUUAUUUCAUUGACAACUAUAUUAGAAAUUUACAUAGCAGAUUCUUAAGUCAGAUCUCCAAAUAUCUGCUGAAUGUUUUCUUUCCUUGGUGGGCUGAGAUAGUGGAGUAUUCAUCCAGCGAGUUUCUAAAGAAGCAAGUCAGUUUGCAUCUACAAGAAAGUGCUGUUUGCCAUUUACUGAAAAUCAUGAAAGAAAUGGAACAUUAUUGUGUUAUUGGGUAUGUCAAAAAGGAGAACAUAUAAAAUAUAUAAUGUUAUUGAAAUAAACAUUUUUACUAUGAGAA